GGCUGCCAUUGGUCAGCUCAGGGAUGACAUCACAUUUUCCCUUCUUUGACGCAACAAUGCCCACCAGCACUGAAAAGGCUGGGCCCUGGCUGAGGCGCACACAGAGGGAAGAUUUCACCCCAUGGAGGACACUGUCUAGGCUGCUCCUGUAGUGAAGACCAAUCGCUGCUCUCCAAUCAGCAGGAUCGGAAUUCGAGCUUCUAUAAACAUGGGAAAAGACAGCAAAGUAAGACCGAAAGUGAACGUCUCUCCUUAUGUCCAUUUUAUGAUGGAUUUCAGAAAUCAAACAAGGGAGCAACAGCCAAACACCUAUUAUGAUUUUACCGAAUUUUCUAGAAAGUGUUCUGAAAAAUGGAAGACCAUCUCAAAGAAGGAAAAAAAGAAGUAUGAAGCCCUGGCCAAGCGCGACAAAGAUCGGUACCAACGUGAAAUGAGAAACUAUUCCGGACCGAGAAGGGAGAGAAGAAGGAGAGAUCCAGAUGCACCGCGGAAGCCACCAUCCUCGUUCCUGCUCUUCUCCCAGGACCAUUUUGACGAGAUAAAAGAACAACACCCAAACUGGACUGUGGCGCAGGUGGCCAAGGCUGCAGGGAGGAUGUGGGCCAGGUGUUCAGAAGCGGAUAAAAUCCCCUACGAGGAGAGGGCUGCGGUUCUGAGGGCCAAGUACCUUGAAGAGCGGGAGGCCUACUACCACCAAUGCCAGCGCGGGGAGUAAAACUUCAAGGGAUGGGGCAAACCCAAUCUGAAACAAUAAACCUCAUUCAACUGGC